AUGGACCUCCGUCCUAUCUCACUCGUAAUGUGGUGUACAAAGUCAUAUCUAAAGUCCUUGCUAAUGUCGAAGAAUGUUUUACCUUGUGUUAUUUCUGAGACUCAGAGUGCUUUUAUCCAAGGAAGAUUAAUCUCAGAUAAUAUCAUGAUUUCUUUUGAGAUAAUGCAUUAUCUUAAAAGGAAACGAAUGGGUAAAAAAGGUAACAUGGCUCUCAAAUUAGAUAUGAGUAAAGCUUAUGAUAGGGUGGAGUGGGCUUUUCUUGAACUCAUGAUGCUUAAAAUGGGGUUCUCUAGUCAAAUUGUGGCAUUGAUUAUGUUUUGCGUAUCCUCUGUUACUUACAAGAUUACUCAUGGGGGUAAAGUUUUUGGGUCCAUUGUUCCUAGUAGAGGGAUUAGGCAGGGUGAUCCACUCUCUCCCUACCUAUUUUUGAUCCGUGCAGUUUCUCUCCGUCUCGUUAACAUGUUUGUGCGUAAACAUUGGCUAACAGGGUGUCGUGUUGCUCGAAACGCUCCUGUUAUUUCUCAUAUGCUCUUCGGUCGAAAAAUCAACUUCAACAAGUCAUCAGUCUUUUUUAGUAAUAAUGUGGCUUCUGUUGAUCGGGAUCAUCUUUGUCAACUUCUUGGUAUGGCCCCUGCUUCUGAUCAUAGUACUUAUUUGGGUCUACCUUGUACUAUGGGGAGAAGUAAAAAUGCCAUCUUGGGUUUUCUAAAAGAGAAGAUGAUUAAGAAAAUUCAGAGUUGGGAAACUAAGUUUCUUUCUAAAGGCCGGAAAGAGGGGUUAAUGGCUAAAUUUUGGUGGCAAUCACAAGGGAAGGGUUCGGCUAAAGGAGUAAGUUGGCUUAGUUGGCGUAAGCUUUGUUGUCACAAAGAUGUUGGUGGACUUGGUUUUCGGAAUCUCAGGGACUAUAAUCUGGCCUUUCUUGGGAAACAAGGGUGGCGACCUAAUCCCGGCUUUAUUUGGCGUAGCAUUUUGGAGGCAAAAGAUAUUGUUCAGGCGGGUGCUUUACGAGCCAUCUCUGAUGGAAAAACAACAUCAAUCUUGAAAGAUCCAUGGCUCCCAAAUGUUGACAACAAAUUCGUAACAUCUUACCACCCAAGCUUCGAGGGUAGAUCGGUUGAUAGUACGCGUUUCAAAUGUCUUCAAGAGAAUGGGAUACGACUUGAUCCGAGACAUGUUUAA